AUGUUUGAUCCUGUAAAAGUUCCUUAUAUAUAAGUGAAAGAAAUUCAAGAAGAGAAAUUAAAAAUGGAAAAAGAAAUAAGUUCUAUUUAAUAAUAGAAAGAAGAAAUUAAGAGAAAGAUUAAUGCAGCUUAAAUAAAAAGUGAGUAUUAAAAGCCAACAGUAAAGAAAUAGUCAAGCCAAAAAUAAUCUAAAAGAAGACAUUCAUCAGAUUAUUUAAAGAAAGAAGAUAAAGGAAGAGAUAAAGAAAUCAUUCUGAAAAAGAAAAAUGGAAUUUAAUCAAAUAGUGAUGAUGAAGAUUUUGAUUUAUUAGAUGCAGAUAGAGUUUAGAUUUUAAAGAUUGCUAUGGAUAAAUCAAAAAGAUAUGAAAGGCAAAAUAAAAUAAAAUAAUAUCAUACAAAAUUGUAUAGAGAAGAUCAAAAAUAACAAGAUGAUGGAGUAUUAGUUAAAUAAAUGAUAGAUUUAUAUAAUGAACAAUUUUCUGAAGAUGAAAAAUCUUAGUUCAUUUAGUAAAAAAUAAAAUAGAAAUAUGUAGAUAAAUAUAUAACAAAAGAUAAUUUAGAUUUAUCUAUGAAAAAUGAGUAGAAAAUAGAUCACUUAUAAAAACGAUUUUAAAAAAAGAUUGAAAAUCCAUACAACAGAUUAGAAACAUACGAUGAAAUGAAAAAAAUAUCAAAAAUAUAAUAAAAAAGAAAAGAGAAAUAGAAUUUAGGUUUUUAAUAAUAAAUAAAUGGAAUCGAUAUUGAACAAAAAUAACAAUAUUUUUAUAAGAAAUAGAUUUUAGGGAAAAAGUAAAAUCUCAAAUAAUAAUAAAAUUUUGAUUAACAAUUAAGUUAUGUAAUUAAUUAAUAAAGUGAAAAAUUGUAGAAUAAAUAAAAAUAAGAAACUAGGGAAUCUUUAAAAUAAUUAUUUAUUAAGAAUGAAUAAUAAAAGAAAAUAGAAUAGUAAAAAUUUGACAGAAAGAAUAGUGGAGGAAAAGCGAGUUAAGUUUAAUAAAGUGAUAAUUCAUCAUUUUCCAGAUCAUCAUCGAAUGGAAUUAUAUCAUCAAGAAGAGUUUAGGAAAUAAAUAAAUUUAGAAGAUUAAUGAGAAAUUAUAAACAUUAAGACGAGAGUCCCUAAAUAGUUUUUGGAAGGAAUAGAAGCAAUCAAAAAAGAUUAAAGAAAUGA